UUUCGUUACGUUGUCCAGACUGCCAUGCAAAAUUCGCCUCAUAUUUCGGUAGCAAGUGUCGCCAAUAAUCACGCUGAGUCGUAGAGCGUAGGAGGAUAUUGUUUACAAGAUCCCGACAAUCUCCGAAGAGAACGCGAGCGAUUGAUACGAGCUCACGCUAAUCCGCCCGUAAAUUCUCAACCGUAAUCCGCGCGCAGCGAGAUUGUAAUUCAGAAAGCGAUAGCAAUUUGUUGAUCUAGAUUAGUCAGCUAAUUGAUAUCACUUCAAGCAAAUGAUGUAACGACGUAUUUUGCGCUGGUGGUAACACAGUGCGCAGUGCGUUUUAAGGGCCUUUUUUUCAAAGGAGACAUCCGUUGUAUUCACAGCAGAAUUCAGCACUGAGACAUAAAUGCCGGACAUAAAAGUCACACCACUCGGCGCCGGGCAGGAUGUCGGGCGCAGUUGUAUCCUGGUCACCAUGGGUGGAAAGAACAUCAUGCUGGACUGCGGAAUGCACAUGGGAUUCAAUGACGAGAGACGCUUCCCAGACUUUUCCUACAUAGUUCCAGAGGGACCCGCGACCAAUUACGUCGACUGCGUCAUCAUCUCUCACUUUCACCUGGAUCACUGCGGCGCUCUUCCGUAUUUUACAGAGAUGGUCGGCUACACCGGACCAAUUUAUAUGACACACCCGACCAAGGCCAUCGCGCCGAUCCUGCUCGAGGACAUGAGGAAAGUCGCGGUGGAACGCAAGGGCGAGAGCAACUUCUUCACAUCGCAGAUGAUAAAGGACUGCAUGAAGAAGGUCAUUGCUGUUACACUUCACCAAUCCGUCAUGGUGGACCCGGAGCUGGAGAUAAAGGCGUACUACGCUGGACACGUUCUCGGAGCGGCUAUGUUUUGGGUCCGCGUAGGAUCGCAGUCUAUCGUGUACACGGGAGACUACAAUAUGACGCCCGACCGGCACCUGGGCGCUGCCUGGAUAGACAAGUGCAGGCCGGAUCUGUUGAUAUCCGAGUCGACAUACGCGACCACGAUUAGAGACUCGAAGAGGUGCAGGGAAAGGGAUUUCCUUAAGAAAGUACACGAGUGCAUCGAUCGAGGCGGAAAGGUGUUGAUCCCCGUGUUUGCACUCGGUCGUGCUCAGGAACUGUGUAUACUUUUGGAAACCUAUUGGGAAAGGAUGAAUCUAAAAGCGCCUGUCUAUUUCGCGCUUGGUUUAACCGAGAAGGCCAAUAAUUAUUACAAAAUGUUCAUCACGUGGACCAACCAGAAAAUUAAGAAAACGUUCGUACAACGGAAUAUGUUUGACUUCAAGCACAUAAAACCGUUUGACAAGUCGUAUAUCGAUAAUCCAGGUGCGAUGGUGGUGUUUGCCACGCCAGGCAUGCUACACGCUGGCCUCUCCCUCCAGAUUUUUAAGAAAUGGGCGCCCAACGAGGCGAACAUGGUCAUUAUGCCGGGUUUUUGCGUGCAGGGCACCGUGGGGCACAAGGUUUUGAACGGCUCGCGGAGAAUCGAGUUUGAGAAUCGGCAGAUCGUGGAGGUGAAGAUGGCCGUGGAGUACAUGUCCUUCUCCGCUCACGCCGACGCGAAAGGAAUAAUGCAGUUGAUACAGUACUGCGAGCCGAAGAACGUUAUGCUGGUGCACGGAGAAUUCGCCAAGAUGGAGUACCUGAAGGAGAAGAUUAAACAGGAAUUCGGCGUCAGUUGCUACAAUCCCGCGAACGGCGAAACUUGCAUCAUCACGACCACAUCCAAGGUCCCCGUGGACGCUUCUCUAGCGUUGCUGAAAGCCGAGGCGAAGAGAUACUCGGCCCUGCCGCCCGAUCCGAAGAGACGGAGGCUACUUCACAGCGUCCUGAUGUUGAGAGAAGACGGCGUCUGUCUCGUAGACGCGGAUGAGGUUGCUAAGGCUGCAGGUAUCACGAAACACGUGGUCAGGUUCACAUCCACCGUACAAGUAAGAGAUCCCGGCCCGGCGCACGCCACUACCUUAAAACUACUGCAGCCAUUGAAAGAAAGGCUAUCAGGGUGGUCGAUUCAAUUAACGGAUGGCUCCAUAUCGGUCGAGUCCGUAUUAGUAAGAGUGGAAGGAGACGAGGACGAUCAAAAGAAAGUUUACGUUUCAUGGACCAAUCAGGAUGAGGAUUUGGGUAGCUAUAUUCUCGGGUUUCUGCAAACAAUGUUGAACUAAAGAAACGGAGGCGGUGGCUGCCGAACAAGAAAAUUUCGACUGUGAUACUAAAAUGUGGUUUGCAUUGUCACUAUCGAAUCAACGAUUGUAAAUCUACCUUGCAUCUCGAUAUCGAGGUAAAAAUAUAUUUUCCAAUAAUACACUGUCAAACAUUA